CCCGCCCGGCCUCGCGGCCGAGCCCACUCCGGCAGCGGCGCGGCGACGCGUCGGGGGACGGGCCAGCCAGCGCGGCCCCGCGGGCGUCACGUGCGGCGCCGGCGGCCAUGGCGGGAAGUGAGCCGCGCAGCGGCGCCAGUUCCCCUCCGCCGCCCCCCAGCGACUGGAGCCGCCUGGAAGCGGCCAUCGUCAGCGGCUGGAGGACCUUCUGGCAGUCAGUGGGCAAGGAGAGGGCGGCGCGGUCGGCCGCGCGGGAGGAGGCGGACGAGGCGGCCAGCACCCUGACGCGGCUGCCGAUUGAUGUACAGCUGUAUAUUUUGUCAUUUCUUUCACCUCACGAUCUGUGCCAGUUGGGAAGGACAAAUCGUUAUUGGAAUGAAACUGUACGAGACCCAAUUCUGUGGAGAUACUUUCUGUUGCGGGAUCUUCCUUCUUGGUCUUCUGUUGACUGGAAGUCUCUUCCAGAUAUAGAAAUCUUAAAAAAGCCUAUAUCUGAGGUCACUGAUGGUACAUUUUUUGACUACAUGGCAGUCUAUAAAAUGUGCUGUCCAUAUACAAGAAGAGCCUUGAAAUCCAGCCGUCCAAUGUAUGGAGCCGUCACCUCUUUUUUACACUCACUGAUCAUUCAUAAUGAACCACGAUUUGCUAUGUUUGGACCAGGUUUGGAAGAACUGAAUACAUCUUUGGUGUUGAGCUUGAUGUCUUCCGAGGAACUUUGCCCAACGGCUGGUUUACCUCAGAGGCAGAUUGAUGGUAUUGGAUCAGGAGUCAAUUUUCAGUUGAGCAACCAGCAUAAAUUCAACAUCCUAAUAUUAUAUUCAACCACUAGAAAGGAAAGAGAUAGAGCAAGGGAAGAGCAUACAAGUGCAGUUAACAAGAUGUUCAGUCUACAGAAUGAAGGGGAUGAUCAACAAGGAAGCCGGUACAGUGUGAUCCCACAGAUUCAGAAGGUGUGCGAAGUUGUAGAUGGGUUCAUCUACGUUGCAAAUGCUGAAGCUCAUAAAAGACAUGAAUGGAAAGAUGAAUUUUCUCAUAUUAUGGCAAUGACAGAUCCAGCUUUUGGAUCCUCUGGAAGACCAAUGUUGGUUUUAUCUUGUAUUUCUCAAGCGGAUGUAAAAAGAAUGCCCUGUUUUUAUUUGGCCCAUGAAUUGCGUCUGAAUCUUCUAAAUCACCCAUGGAUGGUCCAGGAUAUGGAAGCUGAAACCUUAAAUGGUUUUUUGAAUGGCAUUGAAUGGAUUCUUGAAGAAGUAGAAUCCAAACGUGCAAGAUGAUUCUCCAUUUGGACCUUGGGAUCCGAGACCAUUUGAAAGUUGUUAGUAAGGUUAUCACCUGGGUAUUUGCUUAGUCAGCCCACUUUGUCCUGCCUUUUUUAAGGUAGACUUUAUAUUGGACAGCUGUAGCUGCUGUGUUUCUAAUACUAUUUUUACUUUUUAUCUUAAAUCAAUUACAAGAAAAAAGUUUCAAUCCUAGUAUUUAGCCCCAAAAUGAACCUCUAAAUUUUUUUAUAACUUUUAUAUUUUCUAUCUUUUAAAAAAAUACUAAAUUCUGAAAAAAAAACAAGUUUGCACAUCUCUCAUUCCUUGUGGUUUCCAUUCUCUUCAGUACAAAGAUUCCCCAAGGGGGAAACAUCAAAUUUGCUAAGUUUUUCAUACAGUCUUUUCAAGGGCUUACAGCUGGUUUAUCAGAAAGGAAGUUCUGUAUCUUCUUAGUAAAUAUACCACUUAACAACUGGAAAAUUCACUGGAACUACAUUUAAUAUUAUGGCCAUAUAACUUCGAUCUUAUUCUGAAACAGUAAAAAGCAAGCUUAUAUCAUGUUUAAUACUAUUUUGGUGAAAAACAGCUUCCUAGUGGUUCUUAGUAUUUACAAAUAACUUUGAAAGCUCAUGAGGCACUUAUAUUAAAUUCUACUCCAUACUCAUAGAGAAAACAUUGCAGAGACUUACAUGUGUCAUGUUACCUCCCUUCACAAACUGCUGGCACCCUGCAGAGGAAGCAGGGUAGUGUGUGUGUGGAUAGGAAUUUUAAGAUUACCAUAAAAAGUAUAAAUCUCUGCAUGUGGUUCAUAUAAAUUCUAUAUUUUAAUACAUUUUUCCUUUGGAUAGAAAGUUUGUAAUAUAUAUUAUGUAUGUAAUUAUAUGUAGUCUCAUUUAGGUGAGUACCACUACCGUGUUGACCUUUUCAUCAAGGAGGCAGAAUUUUGCCUAAUGAACUGUGGAGUUAGAAGGCCUUUGAGGAAAACCUAUGAACAUACAGUUUCACAUUUGUCAUAAUAUUUCUUUUGGUAUCAAGUCAUAGGUCACUUACCAGAUUAAAGAAAACUAGUACAGUAUAUUCUAUCUUUACUUAUAGCACACUCCAGUAUUUGUAAUCUAGGGUUCUAGAUUUUUGCUGAAGUAAGAUAUUUUACCAGUUUUUUUUUUUUUUGGCCGGGGCUGGGUUUGAACCCGCCACCUCCGGUAUAUGGGACCGGCGCCCUACUCCUUGAGCCACAGGCGCCGCCCCGUUUUCCCAGUUUUUAAUUUUCCACAGAAUCCAAAUUGUAUCUGUCUUCCUCUUUAUAUAGGGUGGCCAUAAAGUUCAUGUGCAAUUUAAAAUUGCACACUAUUUUAAAUCACACAUAAUCUUUAUGGCCACCCUGUAUUAUGAAAUUUGAGUCUCUUUUGUAUUAAUUUAUUUUAAGUAGUCUUUUCUCAGUCUCAAUUAUCUUUGUUUGGAUAGGACUUCUUUUACCCCAUGACUGUCUGUAGCAUGAACUAUUGUAUCCUCGGUGUCUUUGAUAAGUAUAUAGAAUUUUUUAAUUUUAGGUGUUUUUCUGCUUAUCAUGGGGGAAAAGGGGACAUAAAAAUUACUAUUUAUGAGAAUGCUGUAAAAUUUGCAAAAUCUGUGUAUUUGGGAGCUGGAACUAAACUAAAUUCUGGCCUUUGAGAUAGCUAUGUCAGGCAAUGUGCAUAAUACUUAGUAUAGUACAUGGUUAAUUAAAAAAUCACUUUUCUGGAAUCUACUAUGAUACAAUGAAUUCUUUUCAGUGCCGUAUUCGCAUUAUCUGGGGAUGAAGCAAAGUAAAAUGGUUAUGUGGUUAUGCAUUCAAGCUCUGUAGUUGAGAAUAACCUAAUACACAUGCUUAUUCUGCCAAUUCUUAUGAUAUGAGUAAUUUCCUUAAAUUCUGAAUCUCAGUUUUAUCAUGUACAGAAUGAGGAUACAGUCUGUCUUGAACUUAAAUUUUAGCUUUAUCAAGAAUUGAUGUAAAAUCUGGAUGAAUAACUUCUCUGUAGGAAGGCACCAACUUCGCCACUAACAUUAUACAUUGUUAUGGGAUAUUUUUAGUGUCACUUUCUGAAAUGAUUAAGUGGUUACCUUGACAUAACUAUUUCAUAGAUAUGUUUAACUGAUCAUAUAAAAAGGAUCAGCAUUUAUUCACCCAAACUCUAUCACCACUAUUAAAUAAUAAUUUGAAAAAUGUGCCUCUGUAGAUGUUGUGUGAACUGCAUGUGCUUACUAGUAACUGCUAUGGGCUGAAUUUUCCCCCCAAAUUCAUAUGUUGAACUCCUAACCCUAGUACACCUCAGAAUGUGAUUGUAUUUGGAGACAGGACCCUUAAAGAGGGAACUGAGGUUAAAUGAGGUCAUAUGGGUAGGACUUUAAUCCAAUAUGACUGGUGUCAUUAUUAGAAGAGGAAGAGACACAGGAAUGCACAUAUACAGAGUGUUGGGGCCUAACAUGGCCCCACACAAACCCUUCCCCCUCCUCCUCCCUGUACUCUCCUAACACAACACAAAGCACCUAGUUAGCCCCAACCCUGAAGUCCACGCCAAAGGACCCUAACUCACGAAAGCCCUCCAGGCAAGCUGUGGAAUUUGCCCAACGCCCACAGCCCCAUGUAAACAGGGUCUCUAACUGCCCCUGGGUCAGAUGCCAUCUUUGCACCAUCCAGGCCAAUCACAGUCCCCUUUCAAUAAACCUGACCUGAAUAUC